CUGGGCCACCUCCCAUUGGGACUUUAUUGCUUUCUGGACACCUUUGGUGAACGUCCCCAGUCCUUUAAAAGCGCAGAAUUUAGCAGAUUCCGUCUCCAGAAGAUAAGUGAGUACAAUCUAAGGCAGCCGGUAUAGCUCCUGGUAGCUCUGGCUCGGAUCUUCUUGAGCAGAUGUCUGGGGAGCAGACACCGAUGUGUAGUAUGGACCUACGUGAGGUCAAGGUGAAGGAGAACAGCAUGGCUGGCAGAUGCCAUGUGUUCUGGUAUGAGCAAUAUGUACAACCGUGUAUAGUGGAGCUUGUGGGCUCCGCUCUCUUCAUCUUCAUCGGAUGUCUAUCGGUCAUUGAGAACAGUCCGAAUACUGGGCUCCUGCAGCCUGCCUUGGCUCAUGGGCUGGCCUUGGGGCUCAUCAUUGCUACCUUGGGGAACAUCAGCGGAGGACACUUCAACCCUGCUGUGUCGCUGGCAGUCACAGUGAUUGGAGGCCUCAAGACCAUGCUGCUAAUUCCCUAUUGGAUCUCCCAGCUGCUUGGGGGGCUAGUUGGGGCUUCCUUGGCUAAGGUGGUGAGUCCAGAGGAAAGGUUCUGGAACGCAUCCGGGGCAGCCUUUGCCAUCGUCCAGGAGCAGGAGCAGGUGGCGGAAGCCCUGGGGAUAGAGAUCAUUCUGACGAUGCUGUUGGUAUUGGCCGUGUGUAUGGGUGCCGUCAAUGAGAAGACGAUGGGCCCCCUGGCCCCAUUCUCCAUUGGCUUCUCUGUCAUUGUGGAUAUCCUGGCAGGUGGUAGCAUCUCUGGAGCCUGCAUGAACCCUGCUCGUGCCUUUGGACCUGCUGUGAUGGCCGGCUACUGGGAUUUCCACUGGAUCUACUGGCUGGGCCCCCUCCUGGCAGGCCUCUUUGUAGGACUGCUCAUUAGGCUCUUCAUUGGAGAUGAGAAAACCCGCCUAAUUCUAAAGUCGAGGUGAAGAACUGCUGGUGACGUUCCCACUGCCUGGAGUCCUCAGCUGCUUGUCUGGAGUUGAGAACCGGACAAUUCCAUUAUUUCCUGCAGGACCUGAGCUCACAGGAGUCACCAUGACAGCAGCUGGCCUAGGCCUGGCUUCUCAGGCAGGCAGGCAGGCAGGCAGCUGCUGCUCUGUCCCAGCAUGCUCCUGAAGCUCCGGAAUUCAUUCCUUUGUGCUCAUGGAGUGGGCCUGGGGCCCAGCCUAAAGACAGGUAGAGACCACAUAGAAAAAGAGGGUCGGCCUCUUUUCUUGAGAGAGGGCAGGGAUUAGAAGGGCUGAGAAGGUGGAGAAUGUGAUUGCUAAUGCACACUGUCCAUUUCUCCAGCCCUCUUUCUUUUUUACUGUGCUGGGUUUAGAACCCAAUUCAUGCAUACUAGGUGAACACUUUGCUAUUGAGCCCCCUGCUCUCCCCACCCUCUUUCCUCUUGAUUACACUGUUACAGAAGGGCUUUCAGGAGCCAAAGAUCUCGAUUCCUCAGCUGCCAAUCUGACUUUGUAAUAAAUGGCUUAGCAUUUCA